AUGAACCCUUGGAUCCUUGCCAGCCUGGCAGCCUGCUUUUUGGGGGCCUGGGUCCCUCCCAUCCACACCCAAGGGUCCUUUGAGGACUGCUGUCUGGGUUACUACCCCAAACCCAAGUUGGCUGUGCUCCGUCGCGCCAGGUUUUACCGGAUCCAGGAGGUGAGCGGCAGCUGCAACCUGUUUGCCAUCAUAUUCUACUUCCGCCAACCAGGUAAAAUGGUGUGUGGGAACCCACGGGACAUCAGGGUACAGAAGGCAAUGACAUUGGUCUCCCAGAGGUCUGACAACCGGCUAACCAUCCAAGUCUCUGAGGGAGAGAAUCAGAGCUCCACGUUCUGGCAGCUGCCCCUGCUCCAGAGAGAGCUCAUUCCUGAUGAGCGAGGGAUGGACUGA